AUGGUCAAUUCUAAGUUCUUCCAGAACUUUAAGAACUCAAUCGCCACUUUUUUACCUCAUCAGAUCCAAAAUGAUUCAUUAGAUGCCGUUGAGAGGGGAGAUCCAAUAUCGUUUUUGGGGGCAAAGAUUCAAGGCCAAGAGUACGUGGACGUUCUGGAAUGGCCCGACCCGCAGCCCCUUUUGGACGAACUCUUUUUUGAGAAGAAGGUUUGGUGGAUCAUGGAGAAUAGUAGAGUAGUACAGAGUACACAGUCAUGGGCAUGGGCAUGGCGUAAGGAUCCUUGA